GAGAAAAACAGAGCGCAUCAUUUGUAUUCAUGCACUUAAUGUCUACCAGAAAUCUUCUCAUGUCUCCAAACGUAAAGGCAGCAAGUCAAGUAAGUGCGCUGUGGGCACCUUCCACAUCCACAAGACAAGCAUUUCUUCUCCAUAGUAAUAUAGCAUAGGUAGCUAAAUUCAACACUGCAAUUUCCAAAUCAUUUACUUCUAUGCGUUGCAGGUAUAAAUACAACUCUCUUUACAUAUAUAGACACCCAUGAGGAGAUCAUUCUCUCUAUAGAAAAGCUUCAUCAAGAAGACUGAUCUCAUCAGGAAAAUUAAAAAAUGAGCAGACUGCCUAUGCAAUCUUUAAGAUUGCUGCUUUGCUUUUAUUUCUUUUUCUUGCACGUUGUUAUUCUAACCAGAGCUCAGUUUUGUAUGAAUAGCAUAGGAAAUUACACAACUAACAGCACCUACAAAAGAAACCUCAACAGUCUCCUUUCCUCUAUCGUCUCCAACAACGAAAGCCACUAUGGUUUUUACAAUCUCUCUGUUGGCGAAAACCCAGAUCAGGUAAAUGCAAUCGCACUUUGUAGAGGAGAUGUUUCGCUGGAUGAAUGUCGAGGCUGUAUCAGAAACUCUACUCGUCAAAUCCUUCAAGCUUGUCCCAACCAAAAGGAGGUAAUCGGGUUUUAUGAUUCCUGCAUGUUACGAUACUCAAACAGAUCAAUUUUCAGUGUCCAGGAAACACAGCCUACUGUUCACAUGUGGAACACACAAAAUGCAUCAGAUGUCAAUCAGUUCAAUCAGGCACUGCAAGGGUUAUUGAGCAGACUUCGAAGCAAAGCUGCAUCAGGAAACUCUACACGAAAGUUUGCGACAGGAAAUGAGAGCGCAGGAUUUGAGACCAUAUUUGGACUUGUGCAGUGUACUCCUGAUAUAUCUGAGCAGGAUUGUAACGACUGCAUAGUUGCAGCUGUUCGGGAUAUUCCAUAUUGUUGUGACGGAAAGCUAGGAGGGAGAGUGAUCAAACCCAGCUGCAAUUUGAGGUUUGAGAACUAUCGUUUUUACCAAGUUAGUCCUGAUGAUGAUGCUGCCACUCAACCAUCAGCACCAGCAGCCCCGCCUCCACAGGUGUCUCCUCCGCCUUCAGAAGGAAAGAAGAGGAGAAGGAUCAUUAUCGUUCUCGUUCUAACUGUAAGCGUUGUCACACUUAUCAUCUGCAUAAUUAUUUAUCUAAGAGUUCGGAAGCCAAAAGAAAGAGUUGAAACUGUGGAUGAAAUAAUAAGUGUGGAAUCCUUGCAAUUCGACCUUGAGACUAUUCGAGCUGCAACAGAUAAUUUUUCCGAGGAAAAUAAGCUUGGAGUAGGUGGAUUUGGUUCUGUUUACAAGGGUUCACUUCCCAACGAGCAAGAUAUAGCGGUCAAAAGGCUUUCUAUGGAUUCUCAACAAGGAGAUGCAGAGUUUAAAAAUGAAGUACUGUUGUUGGCCAAGCUUCAACACCGAAAUUUGGUUAGGCUUCUUGGUUUCUGCUUGGAAGGAAAAGAAAAGCUUCUCAUCUAUGAGUUUGUGCCUAAUGCCAGCCUUGAUCAUUUCAUAUUUGAUCCUCUAAGGUGUGUUCAUUUGGACUGGGAAAAGCGCUACAAAAUCAUUGGUGGCAUUGCUAGAGGGCUUCUUUAUCUUCAUGAGGAUUCUCGGCUUCGAAUUAUUCAUCGUGACCUUAAAGCUAGUAACAUUUUAUUAGAUGCAAAUAUGAACCCUAAAAUUUCAGAUUUUGGUAUGGCAAGGUUGUUUAUGAUGGAUCAAACUCAUGCCAAUACAAGUAGAAUUGUGGGGACUUUUGGAUACAUGGCUCCAGAGUAUGCAAUGCAUGGACAGUUCUCAUUUAAGUCUGAUGUGUAUAGCUUUGGUGUGCUAGUUUUGGAGAUUGUGAGUAGCAAAAGAAAUAGUUGUUUCUGCAAUGAGGAAAACCUGGAGGACCUUUUGAGCUAUGCAUGGAAAAACUGGAGGGAGGGAACAUCCUUGAAUCUCAUAGAUCCCAAUUUGAGUACUGGUUCGAGAACUGAAAUGAUGAGAUGCAUACACAUUGGGUUACUCUGCGUUCAAGAAAAUAUAUCAGAGAGGCCAUCCAUGGCUUCCAUUGUUCUCAUGCUAAGCAGCCAUUCUCACACUCUUCCUUUACCCUCACAACCAGCACUUUUUGCGCUCAGCGGUACUGAAUCAGAUAUUUCACCCUCAUUAGGCGCUUCAAGGACAACCAAGUCUUCACAGGCCAGCAACAGAACUCUCCCUUCAUCAAUAAAUGAAGCCUCGAUUACUGAAUUAUACCCUCGUUAGCUAUGAAGGAGGUUGCAUCCAUAUAUUUUGCACCUCUGCAUAUUUCAAAGUUGCUCGGAUGUCAAAGAGUUGUUAUUAUACAAUAUAAGAUUCAUACAUUUUUUGCACCCAUUUGUUUAAAGUUGAAAUCGAAGUGUUUUCUUUCUUUCUUUC